CACACCCCGCCCCACCCUGGCGCGGAGCAGACGCAAGGCGGGGCGGUCUCCAAGGCAACCGGAUUCAACAGUUCGAGCCCCGCGGGCGUCCAGAGGCCUCCCGGCGCCCACCCGAAGGCAUGUGCGCGGCGGAGGUGGACCACCACGUAGCCCAGCGAUACCUGCUCAAGAGGCGGCUGGGGAAAGGGGCCUAUGGCAUCGUGUGGAAGGCAGUGGAUAGGAGGACUGGCGAGGUCGUGGCCAUCAAGAAAAUCUUCGAUGCCUUUAGAGAUAAGACGGAUGCGCAGAGAACGUUCCGGGAAAUCACGCUGCUCCAGGAACUGGGGGACCAUCCCAACAUCAUCCGCCUCCUGGAUGUGAUCCGGGCGGAGAAUGACAGGGACAUUUACCUCGUGUUUGAGUCUAUGGACACAGAUCUGAACGCCGUCAUCUGUAAGGGCAGGCUGCUGAAGGACACCCACAAACGCUACAUCAUCUACCAGCUGCUGCGGGCCACCAAGUUCAUCCACUCGGGACAUGUCAUCCACCGGGACCAGAAGCCGUCCAACGUUCUCCUGGACUCCAGCUGCUUGGUGAAGCUCUGCGACUUUGGUCUCGCCCGCUCCCUUGGUGACCUCCCUGAGGGGCCUGAGGGCCAGGCCCUGACAGAUUACGUGGCCACGCGCUGGUACCGGGCUCCCGAGGUGCUGCUGUCCUCCAGCUGGUACACCCCCGGGGUGGACAUGUGGAGUCUGGGCUGCAUCCUGGGAGAGAUGCUGCGGGGAAGGCCCCUGUUCCCAGGCACGUCCACGCUGCACCAGCUGGAGCUCAUCCUGGAGACCAUCCCGCCGCCGUCCAAGGAGGGCGCUCCCGGUCCCACCCCAUGUUCCGUCCACCCACCUGCAGACCUCCUGGCUCUUGGCUCAAGCUACAGUGCCUCGAUCCUGCCCUGCCUACGGGCCUGGCCACGGCAGCCGCUGGACACCCUCCUGCCGCCAGACACACCCCCGGAGGCCUUGGAUCUCCUCAGGGGCCUCCUGGUAUUUGCCCCGGACAAGCGGCUCAGCGCAGCCCAGGCACUGCAGCACCCCUACGUGCAGAGGUUCCACUGCCCGGCCCGUGAGUGGACCCUGGAUUCGGCUGUGCGGCUCCCAGUGCUCGAAGGAGUUCAGCUCUCAGCCCCCGAGUAUCGCAGCCGCGUCUAUCAGAUGAUCCUGGAGCGCAGGGCCAACAGCCGGGUUCCCAGAGAGAAAGGCGUGGGGGGCACACCCCCGGGCGCAGAGCCCGGCGCCCCCCCGCCCCAGGCGCACCUGCUCAGAGCCAGCGCCGCCCCUCCGCCCGCCCCGGGCUCUUCCACGCGGAACCCCGGACGCAGACCUCAGAGCGGCCCGACUCAGCGGGCCGCGCCGGACGUUGCCUGCGGAGCCAAGAACCUUCCGCGGCAGAACUCGGCCCCUCUGCUCCAGCCUCCGCCCCCACGAGGUCUCGGGAGAGGGGAGAGGCCCCCUGGGGCGACGCCGGAGGCCCCCUCGUGGGUGAAGCCCAGUGGCAAGGGGGCGGCGCCCUCCCUCGCCAGGCAGGCCGCCGCCCAGGUGGCCAUCCAGGCCCUAGUCCGGAGCGACGGGAACCCGGGCCGAGAGCUGCGCGCCAGCGGCGCGCAACGGGUCCCUCGCGGGCUUCCCGCGGACGGACGGCCGGAGCCCCGGCCCGGCCGGAGGAUGUUCAGCGCCUCGGCCUCGCAGGGGGUCCAGGACGCCGCAAGGGCUGCGCUCGGGGGCUACUCUCAAGCGUACGGUACCGUCUGCCGCUCGGCACUGGGCCGCCUGCCGCUGCUCCUGGGUCCCCGCGCCUAAGCCGCCCCACCGGCCUUCAGACCGGCUCUUCCGCUCAGCCCGUGCCCCUUGCCCAGUUCCCUGCCCCUCUCCCAGCCCGAUUUACCCCCCCAGUCCC